AUGCCGGCAGCGCGCGCAAGGCCGGCGUGCGGCCAACGGCCGCUCCUGGAAGGCAGCUCGGGAGCCCGGAUCGUAGCUGGGCACGACGCAGCGGUGGGAGCGUGGCCGUGGCUCGUGAGCCUCCAGCUUCGCCGCGCUGGCGGCCGAUACGCGCAUGUUUGUGGAGGAGUCUUGGUCCAGGGGAAUUCGGUGCUGACCGCCGGGCACUGCCUUACAGGGAGGAGGGACCCAUACACCUGGCGGGCUGUUUUGGGGGUGCACAACCUCGGGCAGCCCGGCGCCCACACCACCCGGAGAUACCUCAGGAGCAUCGUGGUGCACCCGGGCUUCAGGAGAGCCACGUUUGAGAACGACGUGGCCGUGCUGGAGCUCGGCUCCGCGGUGCGCUACGGCAGCGCCGUCCAGCCCAUCUGCCUGCCGCCGGCGCACCUGGACCCGCUGGCCCACAGCGGAACCCAAUGCUUCAUCAGCGGCUGGGGACGCAAGAAAGAGCAAGGUAAAAUUUCAGCGGUGUUACAAGAAGCAGAAGUGGAAGUCAUUCCUUCCAAUGUCUGUAACAGUUCUGAUGCCUACGGAGGGCUGCUUAACGACAACAUGAUCUGCGCUGGCUCUCUAUGGGGAGGCCCUGAUACCUGCCAGGGAGACAGCGGAGGACCCUUGGCGUGCUAUCACCCCCCCACCAACAGAUACUACCUCGUGGGGAUCGCCAGCUUUGGGGUUGGCUGUGGCCGACCACGGUUCCCUGGGAUCUACGUCCGUGUGUCCCAAUACAGAAGAUGGAUACAAGCAGAACUGGAGCUGAAUAACAAGGCUGCGAGCCCCAGGAGCGCUCUGCUCCCCGUCCUUCUGAGCCUGAUGCCCACAGUACUUGCGUGGAGCCUCUAAAGGGACAAACCACCGGGGCAUGG